GGGCCGAGAGGAGCGGGGCGGGGCGGGGCGGCCGCCGCGCAGCGCUGGGCGCGAGCAGAGUGAAUGGAGCGGGCGGCGGCGAUGCUCACCUGCUGGGGAGCGGCGCUGGGCGCCGCCGUCUCCUUCCCCGUUCUCUUUUUCGUGGCAGCGCCCUACAUCAGGAGGUAUGUCGCUGGAGGACGGUGCAAGUCAACAGCCAGGCUGGAGGGGAAGGUGGUGAUAAUCACAGGAGCCAACACCGGCAUCGGGAAGGAGACGGCCAGAGACCUCGCGCGAAGAGGUGCGAGGGUGAUUGUCGCGUGCAGAGACACAGCGAAGGCAGAAGCUGCAGCGAGUGAAAUCCGAGCUGAGACAGGGAACCAGCAAGUGAUUGUGAAAAAACUGGACUUGGCUGAUACAAAGUCCAUCCGGGAGUUUGCUGAGCAAUUUCUAGCAGAGGAGAAGGAGCUCCAUAUCCUCAUUAAUAACGCUGGGGUAAUGUUAUGCCCUUAUUCCAAGACUGCGGAUGGCUUUGAGACGCACCUGGGCGUCAAUCAUCUUGGUCAUUUUCUCUUGACCUUCCUGUUGCUGGAGCGUCUGAAGCAGUCUGCCCCAGCCCGCAUAGUCAACGUGUCCUCGCUGGCUCAUCACAUUGGCCGAAUCCGUUUCCAUGACCUCCAUGGUGAGAAGAGCUACAAUCGUGGCCUCGCCUACUGUCACAGCAAGCUGGCUAAUGUGCUCUUCACCCGGGAGCUGGCAAGGCGGCUGCAAGGCACUAAAGUCACAGCAAACGUUCUCCAUCCUGGUUCUGUCCAUUCUGAUCUGGUCCGGCACUCAUUAUUAAUGAUGUGGCUGUGGAAGUUAUUCUCAUUCUUCUUGAAGACACCUUGGGAAGGAGCUCAGACCAGUAUCUACUGUGCAGUAGCAGAGGAGCUAAACUCUGUGACAGGACAGUAUUUCAGUGAUUGCCGGCCAGCGUACGUAUCUCCACGGGGUCGGGACGAUGAGGCAGCAAAGAAGCUCUGGAGUGUGAGCUGUGAGCUCCUCGGCAUCCAGUGGGACUGAGCAGCGCAGACAUCAAGUGUGUUCCUGGCUGAGCCCAGUGAUGCUUCUCCUGGGAAAAGCACUGCUGAGAGACCUCCAGACCAGAACACUGAUGGCUCUGUGGGCACAAUGUAAUGUGAAUUUCUUGAAUAUUCCACGUAAGGAUUGAGGUUUCUAGGCAACCAACACCUUCCUAGCUGGAGAAUUGUAAGCACCAAGGUUUGCUUGGUAUCACAUGCAACAGCCCAAGGCUAUUGUUCUCUGGCUUGAGAACAGGAAUGAAGGUUGCAGUCUUAGGUUUAGAUUGUGAAGUAACAAACAACUUCUGGCCUAGUUUAGCUCUAGCUGGCAAUUAAGUACUAGGUGGUUGCUCACUUACUCCUGCCCCCUUGUGUUGAGAUGGGGAGGAAAAUUGGUUAAAAAAAAAAGUAAAACUCAUGGGUUUGGAUUAAAAACUGUUUAACAACACAGCAAAGGAAGAAAUAAACAACAACAAUAAUAGCAAUAAAAGAAUAUAGAAAGCA